AAGAUAAAAAUUAAAAAAAAUACUUGGAUCUAAUCUUGGUACACCUACACUCAGAUUUGAUCGAGUUGAUUGAAUCACUUGCUAGUUGAAUAGAUUUUGCGGUCCGGCCUUGGUGUGUGCUAUGAAGGUUCGCAGUAAUUCUUUUGAGACUUGCCGGCAGUCUGCAGAAUCGAGAAACCUCACCAAAAGCUAGAUUACAAAUAAUAUGGCCUGCCUCGGACACUCCUUUGUAUCCUUGCAUCGAUCUUAUCUAUUUCGACACAAAUUUCUUAUCUUUUGACCCCCAGCGCCAGCCUUAACUCAUUGGAUGGAAUUGUGGUCUCUGGAACCCGUCGGAUGCUCCAAGGCUAUGCCAUAAAAGGAGAGUACAGCCUCCUUGUUCCUCAGCUUCCCCGCUGAAACUGUCAACAUGCUCGACAAGUUACUCAAAGCUCAUAAGCUCUCACCUUUCGCACGCAGUGACCUCCCUAAGCCAGCAAACCCAACGACUCCUGAGAAGCUGGAGAUUGCUUCCUCUGCCUUGAAGAUUAUCCAUCCUGGAGGGAGAGUUGAAUGCUAUUAUAUGGCAAUACCUGCCGCCAGGAUCUUGGAGAAAUAUCCCUCUCAUGCAUUAGCUAAGCCAGAGGUUUUCAGAAGGCCAUGGAAUUCAGUGGUCCGGCCAGAAAAAAUCCUUACUCCAGGACAGAAAUUCUUGCUCGUUCCUCAUCAUGCCGUGAGGAAGCUUCGACGAAAGAUUGGAAAACCAAGUGAGAUUGACAUGGUCUCUCGGCAAAACAAUAAUGAUGUUUCGAGCAGAUCAUUCUUCUCAGAGAGUGACAUUAGUACUGGUGUUUCAAGGGACUCGAGUAGUUCCUUCAGAAGCGCUUUAAGGAAGAAGACUGGUGUUAAAAAGUAUGUAAGAUUUGCAGGCAUUGCUAAGAAAGGUAAUAAGGUGGAUCACGACACUUCCUUAAAGAGCUCGAGCACUACCGUUUCUCGAUCUAACCGGGGAAAUGGGAGACCUCGAAAUUCUGCUGCCUGGCGGCCAUCACUUACAGUGAUCAGCGAAAGCAAAGGCGACUGACUGAAUAAUCAAAGUAAUUGUAAUGGCGAUGUUCUGAUCUCCACUGAAGCAUCUCUCACUAAUCCUCUGCUACUGCCUGUAAGAUUUAUUUUA